CGCGCGCUGUGCUUCCGGUUAAGCUCAGCGUGAUCAGCCGUGCUCAGUCUCUCUUCUCAUCCUCGGAUCACAGUAGAGGCGUCUCACAGGACUUUCCUGGAUUCUUUUACCUCUCUCUCUUCUCUCCCCGAUCGGAAUAAUCAUCCAGCCCAGCGGACAUGGCAUCAGCACCGGUUCAGUCCAACCAGGGUCCAGCUUUGCAGCUGCAGAGGGGAAUAGUGAAGAUGGUCUUGUCCGGAUGUGCCAUCAUUGUUAGGGGUCAACCACGAGGAGGCCCGCCUCCAGAACGACAGCUCAACCUGAGUAACAUCCGUGCUGGAACUCUCGCCCGUCGUGCCGCUCAGGGCGUGCCAGAGAGCAAGGACGUACCAGAUGAGCCAUGGGCCUUCCAAGCCAGAGAGUUCCUGCGCAAGAAAGUAAUUGGCAAGGAAGUGUGUUUCAUCGUAGACAAACCAAAAGGCAUUCAGAGCAGAGAAUACGGCAUGAUGUUUCUGGGAAAAGACACAACGGGAGAAAAUAUUGCUGAGUCCCUGGUGGCAGAGGGUCUCGCCACAGUGCGCAGAGAGGGGAUCAGAGGAAAUAAUCCUGAACAGGCCAGACUGUGCGAUUUGGAGGACCAAGCGAAGGCCAACAAAAAGGGUCUGUGGUCUGAAGGUGGAGGUGCACACACCAUUCGGGAUAUGAAGUAUGUCAUUGAAAACCCUCGUAACUUCGUGGACUCACAUCACCAGAAACCAGUCAACGCCAUUAUCGAACAUGUGCGUGAUGGCUGCAUGGUCCGAGCUCUUCUGCUUCCCGACUACUACCUAGUGACAGUCUUGCUAUCUGGAGUUAAGUGUCCUACGUUUAAGCGGGAAGCAGAUGGCACCGAGACCCCCGAACCCUUCGCAGCAGAAGCAAAGUUCUUCACAGAGUCCCGACUGCUCCAGAGAGAUGUGCAGAUCAUUCUGGAGUCCUGCCCCAACCAGAUCAUCCUGGGCACCAUCCUGCACCCGAACGGGAACAUCACAGAGCUGCUUUUGAAGGAAGGCUUUGCACGCUGUGUGGACUGGUCAAUGGCUGUGUACACCCAGGGAGCUGAUAAACUCAGAGCGGCUGAACGAUCAGCGAAAGAGCGUAAAGUGAGAAUCUGGAAGGACUAUGUUGCUCCGACAGCUAAUCUUGACCAGAAGGACAGACAGUUUGUAGCGAAGGUGAUGCAAGUGGUGAAUGCGGAUGCCAUCGUGGUGAAGUUGAACUCCGGGGAGUAUAAGACCAUCCAUCUGUCCAGCAUCAGGCCCCCAAGACUCGAAGGCGAGGAGAAAAACAAGGACAAAGAUAAACGUUUCCGUCCGCUAUACGACAUUCCUUACAUGUUUGAGGCACGUGAAUUCCUAAGGAAGAAGCUCAUUGGGAAAAAGGUUAAUGUCACGGUUGAUUACAUCAGAGCCGCCACAACUGCUACGGAAAUGGGUGGGGUCCCUGCCUUCCCAGAGCGUACCUGUGCUACAGUCACCAUUGGAGGAAUAAACAUCGCAGAGGCUCUGGUCAGCAAAGGUCUCGCCACAGUGAUCAGAUAUCGUCAGGACGACGACCAAAGAUCUUCCCAUUACGAUGAGCUUCUUGCGGCGGAGGCGAGGGCGAUCAAGAACGGCAAAGGACUUCACAGUAAGAAAGAGGUGCCCAUUCACAGGGUGGCUGACAUUUCAGGGGAGACACAGAAAGCCAAACAGUUCCUGCCGUUCCUGCAGAGAGCGGGCCGCUCGGAGGCCGUGGUGGAGUAUGUGUUCAGUGGCUCUAGGCUUAAGCUCUACAUGCCCAAAGAGACGUGUCUCAUCACCUUCCUCCUUGCCGGUAUUGAGUGUCCCAGAGGGUCUCGAAAUAUGCCGGGUGGGAUGCAGGUUGCAGAACCUUACAGCGAAGAAGCCACACUGUUUACCAAAGAGCUGGUUCUUCAGAGAGAGGUGGAAGUUGAAGUGGAGAACAUGGACAAGGCUGGGAAUUUCAUCGGCUGGCUUCAUAUUGAGGGCGUGAAUCUUUCAGUUGCUCUUGUGGAGAACGCCCUGUCUAAAGUUCACUUCACCGCAGAGCGAAGCGCCUAUUACAAAACCCUUGUUUCUUCAGAGGACUCCGCCAGAGAGAGGAAAGAGAAGGUCUGGGCCAAUUACGAAGAGAAACCAAAAGAGGAGGUGGCUCAACUUGUGGAGGAGAAAGAGCGCAUAGCGAAGUACAGACCCGUCUACGUCACCGAGAUCACAGACGGCCUUCACUUCUAUGCACAGGAUGUGGAAACCGGUACUCAGCUGGAGACCCUGAUGGAGAGCAUGCGAGCAGAGAUCGCCGCUCAACCUCCGGUGGAAGGAUCCUUCAGCCCACGUAGAGGAGAUAUCUGCAUCGCAAAGUUUGCUGAUGGAGAAUGGUACAGAGCUCGUGUUGAGAAGGUUGAAUCCCCAGCAAAGGUUCACGUGUUCUACAUCGACUAUGGAAACAGAGAGAUAUUAUCGUCCACACGUCUUGCAGCCCUUCCUCCAGCCUUCAGCACACGUACGCUUCCUCCACAGGCUUCAGAAUACACAUUCGCCUUCAUUCAGGUCCCACAGGAUGAAGACGCACGAGCCGAUGCAGUGGACAGUGUGGUGAGGGACAUACAGAACACACAGUGUCUCCUGAACGUGGAGUACAGUGGAGUCUGCCCGCACGUCACGCUGCAGUUUUUAGACUCUAAAGAUGACGUGGGUCUGGGUCUGGUGAAAGAAGGACUGGUCAUGGUGGACGUGCGGAAAGAAAAAUAUCUCCAGAAAAUGGUGACCGAGUAUCUGAAUGGCCAGGAAUCUGCCAAGAGCGCCAGACUCAACAUUUGGCGUUACGGUGACUUCCGUGGUGAUGACGCAGAUGAAUUUGGGUUCAGACGUUAGGUCGCCAUUCCAAAGACCUUGUGGAGGACAAGAUGCAGAGAUUUGCAGAAAACACAAAAGUCUUGAAAAAUUUGCAACAAACAGUACAUCAGUAUGAUCUUAUUUUUGUCUAAUGGUAAACACUUGCCUCUCUCCAUUGUUUUUUUGUUUUUGUUUGUUUUUUAAAUACUCAUGCAUAACCUCUCUUCCGCCCAAGGACUUUGUUACUUUUCAUUUUCAAUUUUUUUAAAGAAAGCAAGCAGGCUACAGAUAAACCCGCCUGUAGCUGCUUCAGAUAGGACCAACUAUGUCAUUUAAUCUUAAAUUUUCACAUCAUAGCCAAUAAUUUUUUCAACGUAUAUUUUUAGCUAAUCACCAGCUGUCGAACCCACCAUAGCAGAUCUCUUCUGCCCGAUCAGAUUGAUAUGUUUUGGGGUUUGACUUUUAAAGAUAUGAGGGCGAUGAAUAAAGCAACCAUGAACUCAACAGCUUAUUGAGAAACGCGUCCUUGGUCAAGAGAUAUGAUUAUGUAUUUAAAUAUAUAUACAUGGCUAAAGCUAGAUGACAAACUAAUCAAGUGAACUUGCUGGGAGUAUUUUUGUCUCUGAUGUGAUCCUAGUGCCCAGUGGCAUUUUUGACAUUUGUACAGGAUGUGCGUUUUCUCUGUUUCUAUGGCAAACGAAAAGCUUGCAGACACCUCCCUCGACCUCCUCUGUGAGGUUUACUUAACGGUCAUCAUUUCUUUUUCAUGCUCUUGCCUGUUAUUACAGAAACAGUGUUUCAAUGUGUUUCCUUCUGAGGUAGAGCCUGUCAUUGUAUUUAAAUCUGAUAAAUAAAAAUGAGCAAAGUGU